CGGUUUCAGACGGAAUUCUGGGUAAUCAAUUAGGCAAAAUGGCGGAUGAAGAAAGAUUGCAGACAACAGUGUUUUGGUUAACAUGACCUAACGUGAAGAUGGACCCAAAUCAAUGGCGGAACUACAACCAGGCGUAUGGUCACAUCGGCCAUAGCAGUGGGUUAUCACCAACUGCAGCCAAUCUUAACCGCUUUGAUCUGCCACUCCUAAAUGCAGAUCCAACCCUUGGAACAGGGCUUGGACUUGCCCCGUCAUUACAGUCACAUCCAUCAAGUAUGUCUUCUGCCAGGUCUAUGGGCGGACUUGGGGCAUUGCCCUCCAACUACCCACUUCAUAACACCAUGUCUCCUUUUCUGGAUGCAGUCAACCCUCUUCCUUCAGCCUUCCCAGCACAAAGUCCAUAUAAGAGCCUUGGCCAGUCAUCAUUUGGGAUAGAAGCCUCAUCUCUAAGAUCCCCAGACCAGCCAAGUCUGUACGGAUUCACUUCUGUCGCAGAUGCAAGAUCCCACUCAAAGUCAAUCUAUGCUCAGGACACACUGCUGUCAAAGGAACAACAGCUUAGUUAUGGCAUUUCCUCUUCUCUCAGUCCAUUAAGUAGCAUCGAAAAGUCAUCAAAGUCGACCAGCUGGAAUCUGUCAAACUUUGUGCCGAAUCCUUCAAAUCCUUUUGGAAAUUUGAGUAAUGAAGUUCCGUCCUCCCUGUCAGAUUUGGUUGGACCUCCUCCUGCUCACAGUGGUAAUACCUCAACUUCCAGGCACAGCACCAUUCAGAGAAAUCAUUUCCCUUCAGACCUGUUUUCACACGUACCCUUGAACAACAAACCAUCCCGUAGCUAUUCCCUGGAUAAGCCUGAGGACUUGUUGCUGGCCAGCCCUACACUGCAACUGUCACGGAGUGGACUCAGUGACUCCAUCUUUACUUCACCAACCCACCAUGGUAUUGAAAAUCUCACAAAACCUACCAGUCAGCAUAACAGUAUUUUUGGGUUCCCUCCCAACUCUUCUGCAUUGAAAUCAGAAUUGUCAUCAAAUUAUCAACAGCAAUUGUCAUCUGAUAUCAACUAUGACCCGGUCAGUCCUCCAACUCCGCUAUCUGAUGGAGGCCAACAACAACAGAAUGAUAUAUACACCAAUGUGGGGCUCCAUGACAUCAGCCCAAUGAGUCACUCACAACAUGGAUUACUUCCACAGAAACAGAAAGAAAGACUAGUGCAAGAUGCACAUCAAGUGAUAAUGCAUGCCCAUUCGGGUAAAUCAGGAAGUGUACAGAACAUUCCUAUGGAGCUGAAUAAAAACCUAAACCAAAUGUCAAACAGCCCAAUGCAGCAGUCUCCCAUCAGUGUUGGUGGGAGUCCACACAUGUCUGUACCAAUGAGCUCCCCCCAGACCCCCUUACCUAGCUCGACUGUGGUUCAGGCACCACCUCCAAUACAGGCGGUGGCUGACUCUACCACAAAACCAAAGAGAGUGCGUUCCAGAAAGAAAAAAGUUUCCGUUGAUCAAGAAAACGGACAAAAAUAUUCCCCAGAGGGUAUGACCUCUCACAUGGUAAACCAACAUGGGGAUAUGAUGGGUAUGGCCCUGCCCAUGUCUAAUUCAGGUCAUAUGAUGAGUAUGGGGAGUCAGAGCUUUAACCAGACUAACCCCUACAGUCCCCAGAAGUCCCAGCCAUAUAGCCCUCACACACAUCCCCAGUACAGCCCUAAGAAGACUCAGGCUGUGAGCCCCCAAUCCUAUAGCCCUCAGAUCACCUCUCAGGCCAUGGUAGACAAAGUUUACAACCACCAGCAAUCUCCAUCCAUCGAGGAGCAAUUCUCGAUGCAACAUUCAGCUAACCUAUCAUCACAAAACCAAAUGUCCCUACCAUCAAAUUCAAACCACAUGUCAUUGAUGUCAGACAGUGUGAUUCACAAUGGUGGACAGGGGUCGGUAAUCCACAGUAUGGCAGGAGAGUCAAUACGGCAGUCCCUCCAGUCACAGGGGGCCACUCCAAGCCCACCGGAACAGCAAAGGGGCCACAUGUCGGUAAACUCUUUGUCAUUGUCAGAUAUAGCAUCCACUCCACUAGCUGAUGCAAUAGUCGGAAAUAACACUAAUUAUAACUACAACAGUGUGCCCGGGCAGUCUUUUGUGGAACAGUUGCAAUCAGAUUCAAACAUUGACCAUUUAAAUAAGUCACCAAUGAAUGACCCAAUGUCCAUAGGUCAGUUAGAUUUACAGGGUCAACAAGGAACAUACGUCUCUCCACAGCAGCAGCAGCAGACUGGAUACAUACCAUCUCAGCCCGGAGGCUAUGUGUCGCAGCAACCCAACAGUAUUUACACCGAUUUGGAUAAUUAUAACAACCAGUAUGAAAACGCUCACAGUAGUCUCACCUCCCCAUCAUUGGGUUAUGAAAACUCACCGCAUCCAAAUAACACAUCAACCAUAGACGAAGACGCACUGUCCAGUUUGAUUGGAAAUCCUACAUUACGAGAUACCUCUCCAAUGAAGGAGCUAUCGCCCGAGUACUGGAGACAUCGGACAAAGGCAGAAGAAAAAGUUCUGCCUAUGAGAACUGUGACUAGCCAAGUAGAGUUUGAUGAUGACUUUGCACAUUUAACAAAACCACCUGAUUGUGAAAAGAAAGACAAGAAACCAAAUGUGAAACCAUUAUCAAAUUCUCUCUCGGUGAUAAAUCCCUCCAUGCAUUCAGUUAACUCUACACCUGUACCAGUUCAAAUAAAACCAGAGCAAAAUAUUGCUGCGAAAAAGUCAAACUCAAACAGCAGUUCCUUUAUGGACUCAUUCUUGAGUUUUAUUCAGGGCAAAAAGCCUGAGACUUUGUCAAGUUUAAAUACAUCUAAUGUUAAAAAGCCAGAGUUACCAAAAUAUAUCCCUGAACCUCGGCGCCCACGCCCGGUUGAGUCCUCGGACAGUGCUGCCAGCACUCCCAGGCCUGACACCGACAACAAAUCAGAAUUCAGUUCAAACACAGGAAUCAAUUCACCGUCAACAUCUCAAAAUGAUGACACUGUCAAUUCGCAGCUUGCUUUCUCAGAUGAUGACGAUGAAAGUGCUAACCUCACUAGUACUGUGGAAAAUGUCCUGUCUCACCUGAAUGAGGAUGGGACCAGGAAGGAGGGUCUCAAAAUGAGAAUUAGCUUUUCAAAAAUCACAGGAGGUGGGAAAAAACAGACAAGAAAAUCUAGUGGAAAAGUGUUGUCUGGUUCACAGAGAGGAAAACAAUCCAAACUCUUCAGUGAUAAUGACACCUUUGCUUCAUCUGGAGAUGAGGAUUAUACUGUGGGUUCUUCUGAGGAAGAGGCAGCAAUGAGGGAAGAGAGAGAACCAACACCUCCACCCCCUGAACCGACCAGGCAUGUUUCCUCCCGCAAGGCAAAGGACAAGGGACGCAAAGUUUACAAAGACUCCAGUGAUAGCGAUAUUUCCCUGGACCUCCCUGGUCCAAUAUCCAAAGGGACUGAUAGUGAUGUGGAGUACGACUCGGACAAGGACCCUGCCUGGACUCCAUUUGCUGUGGAUAACAAGCGACAACCGACAUUUGAUGCUCUCGAUUAUCGGGGGGCGCCCGCUGUACCUAAGAAAGGGCGUCACAAAAGUGGAAAAGGAAGAGGGCGGGUGAAGAUGGGUAGUAAGCGACUGAGUGAACGAGCUCCUACAGCAAGACCCUUCAAGAUACAGAAGAGUAAAGACCAAAAAGAGACCAAUAACACCAGUGUACCUGAUGGUGUGUCUGAAUCUGAUACUAUCCACAAUCUAGAGCUUAAAAAAGAGGGCUACCAGAUGGGAGAUUUUAUUUUAGAUAAGAAAGACCUCAACAAAUUUGAAAACUUUCCUAUUUGGAGGAUAGAGUCUGGGAAAUUAAUCCGUAAAUAUGAGUUAAUCACGGAAGAGGGGCAAAUGCGACACAGAGCCAUGUGCACCUUUUCCAGUUGGGUACCCAUUAUGCAAAAGGAUUACCUAUCUAUCAGAACCAAAUAUGUGGGGACAAACAAUGAUAAGGAGGUUGUGGAAGUGUUUGAGGCGGACAGACCAACACCCAAAUUGGACAGCUAUUUAGAGCAUGCAUAUGAAGAGGAUCCCCUGGCUGACCUCUUUAACGUUUACCUCCAGAUAUUUCUCAGCCAAGCUCUUGAACCAGGAUUUCUCAGUGCAAUUGGGGAAGGGGAAGAGAAUUUUUAUAUGGGGCCAUUACAAAGUAUUGACAAAAUUAUUGAGAAGAAACUUGACGAGAUGGAAGAGAAAGUAUUAUGGAAAGUCACCUUUAAGAAUGCCUUGAGGGCGAAGCCUCACAUCAGAGAGUUGGAUCGACCAAAUCUGAAACUGUUUUGUCAGGCUUGUGAAAAUGCUAGUCAACCUGCUAUCAAGUCGAUCCAUUUGUUUGGUCAGUCGUACGACCACUUCACUUUGGACGAGAACACCAGCAGUGCUACAGAGGGAGGAAGUCUGGAAUUUAUGAUUGGAAAGACGGCAGCUAGUUACGUUGGACCCUAUCACAGUCUCUACCACUUCAAAUACAACCUGUAUAAACGGUGCUUAGCAAAGGUGGAUAUUGUCAGGCAAAGUGACCAUGAACUUGACAAUGCUGAGGUGUUAGACAGAUGUCUUAACAACAGAACCUGGGUACUCAAGAUCUUUGACGACCUGAAGAAUAUGUUAGACAAAGGAUGAACGGCCGGCACUGCCUGAGCAUGGAGUGAAUGUUGUGUGUAUGGUUGUACAGGGAUGUGAUUGCUGUGUGGAACACAAGUCCUCGCCAUAAAAGAUGUUCAGGACAAAUCUUUGGACUGGUCAGUCACUCCCCCCGGCCUGGAGAAGCAUCAUGUCAUAUCUUCAUUCACUGGUCAGCCUUUUCAAGUCGGUAAAAUGACUUGAUACACAGGGCGCGACAGCCUUAGUUAAGCUUUAGUCAUGUCUUUGUCAUAGGUUUGUUACCAGUCGAUGGAAACGAAAAAUAGGGGAUGAGGCAAAUUUAUAUAUGUCUUUAUAUCUGGCACAGAAGUUGUGCAUCUAGUGAUUGCUUUGUCAAAACAAUGAAGAAUUACAUUCAAGUUGUUUGUCAAAAUGUGAUGAUGAAAAUGAAGUCUAAUUGUGUCAUAUAGAAAAGUGAUCUACAUGCGUAACAAGCCAAAACUGGAGAGAAACUGAAGGACAGCAUUGAAGUGGUAUCUUGUUAUACUUGAUCAUUGCCCUACUGACAUACCUUUAGUAUGGGUUGUGUCAUAGCUUGUUGUUGUCUGAGGAGACAAAUGUUUUCAUAUAUUUUAUACUUGCAUUGUAAAAGCUUACCCUACUGUUGCACCCUGUUUUCUCUGUUUGGUAAGACUGUCACAUAAGAAAUUUAACUGGAAAUCUGGUCAUGUGAAUACCAGAUUUUGUGAUAUGCCUAAAAAUAACAUUCAUAAGAAUGUGAAUUCCUGACUAGAGCAGUUAUAAUUAUAGCAAUUAUAGCAUUUUCAUGUCAGCGGUCGAUAAACAUCCUCGGUUGAUAUUAUUUCCUAUUUGGUCCUAUAACACCAUGUAUCAGCAGGCAUUAAAAUACUAAGAUUGUUUUAUUGUUGUAAUUGAUUUUUAAGAUGUCAUUAAUUACAGAAAUAGAAAUAAUAUUGACUUUAACAAUAGUGUUUACUGAGUAACCAAGAUGCUUUUUUCACCAGAAUCUAUUUUAAAACCGUAGGUUUCAUCCGAGAUCUUUAUCUGUGCAAUCCUUUGUAAUCUAUAACCAAGAUGACAACUGGUUUUAUCUGUGAUGAAAUCGUAUUGUUUUAGUCAAUGCGAAACUAAUUAAAAUCAAUUACGAUAUUAGGAAUGGUUUUACAUCCAUUGUUUUCAUGCGUUUCAACAUUAGAUAUUGAUCAGUUUUCUUGAGAAUUGUAUCUUAAGAAAUAUACUCAACAGACCAUAUUUAGUGUGGGGUUCUGAACUAUUUUUGUCACAUGUAAUUUGGUACACACAAGACAGCUUUAACCAGGAACCUGACUUAACAUUCAUAGAGCAAUAACCUUUUUGGUCCAGUAUGUUUAUACUAUACAGUGCUUUUAUUUCCUAUACUUAUUAUUUUCACUUUACUGCUGUUAUUUUUUUCUAAGCUAAAAUCAACACUUCAUAAAUUUGCAUUUACCACAUGGACGCAGAAAUUACAACAAAAGGUUUUAAUGCCUAAAAAUGAAUUCACAAAUGACAAUUAACCCUUUUACCACUGUGAACCAUAUUGUACUCAUCCAGAUCAAUGCAUGGUAGAGUCUACUAAAAUUUAACAGUAGUUAAUUUUUAAAAUAUACAUACCUCAGUCAAAUGUCUCAAUUAACAGCUAUAAUCACUUCUGCAUGUUAAUUUGUCAGUUAAAACAACAAUGAGUGAAAAAGCAAUUUCCUUUCAGUUUUUAAAGACUGCCUUAAGUGCUAUUAUAUUACAAAGCUUUAAAUAUUUUACAUUUUUGCACCCAGUACAAUCAAAUUGAUUUUUGGUAGACCAGUGAUAACAAGAAUUAUCCAAACCUUAUAAUAUGAAAUAGCUGCUACUUAGGUUUGAAUGAUUGAGGAGCUUCUUCUUUAUUAGUUUCACCUGACCAGUGUAAACGUUUACAAACCAAUUCAUUCAAGUAUUCUGCACUUUAUGGGAUAUUGUAUGAUUCAGAAAACAAAUUUUAUCUAGCAAUAAAAAAAAGUCACCUUCACCAUGCAUAACAAAACAGGACAUUUUAUUGAAAUCCUUUGUUUCUACAUUGAAAUGAUUUAGUUUUUUCCUCAGACUGAUGAGAAUUGAAAAUUUCAAAAUUUAAUAAAGAACCCUCCAUGGCUUAAUAUGUUCAUGCACUGUUUCCCCUUUUAGGACUGUUCCAGGAUUGAAUAUAUUUGAGGUAUGAGAGGUAAUGUUUCAUUAUCACUAUUUAUCCUUAAUUUAAAAGGAAAAUAUUGAAUUGCUGCAAAGCAAAUGUAUUUGAUCUAUAGAUUCUUUUAGUUUUGCUUGGGACAUUAUAGCAAUAGGAUUGCUUGGUACUCAUCAAAUUUUUGAUAACUUGAUCGGAAUUCUACAGAAGUCUCUCGGAAGCAUUUCAACAAAGGAUGCCUCUUUGGAAUGUUAACUCAUUCACCUCUAAAAAAUUUAUAAUGAACUAUUCCAUCCUUUGAAUUGGAAGAGUUCAAAUGUGUCUUCAGAGGUGGAUGGGUUAAUAUGCAAAACACCUCAAUAGCAUCCUGAUACAAGUCCACACCAUAGGAUUUGGUUACAGAAGUACAAAAAUUGAUUACAGGUUUAACUGCUGUCAUACAAAGCUCAAAGUUGUUACUAGAAAUUUGCAAGGUCCGUAAUUAAG